CAUGACGCUACUCAUCAUUAGUUUAUUUCCGCGUUCACUGGGAUCUUGCAGGACUCAAUGAAUCCGUAAUCGCCGUGCCCUAUCUGUUCAUUGGCUUUUACGCACAUUCCGGAACUGGGGGUAAAUUGGGGUAGAGGCAGCAUCAGUGCAUUUUUUCUAAGUUCUAGAUCCACGGUGCAUUAGUAAUAUGCUCACAAGGGUGAAGUGUGCUGUUGCCAAUUUUAUGGGAGGCAUCAUGGCUGGCAGCGCCAGUGGUGAUCAUCUCAGCGGCUCCGAGCUGCCUCUGAAAUACCCCUACACGAGACCCGAUUUCCUUGGGCUGUGUCAGGACGAGAUAGAGUGCUCCGCAGAUCACAUCGCCCGACCAAUACUGAUUCCGAAAGACACCGGGACACUGCCAUGGGCCACGGGCUAUGCAGAAGUUAUCAACGCAGGAAAAAGUUCACUGAAUGAAGACCAGGCCUGCUGUGAAGUAGUCGUUUUGAAGAAGAACUCUGAGGUCCCGUCCACACCGAAUAAGAAUUCCAACGCAAAGCGAAGGUCUUCAUUGCCGAAUGGAGAAGGCUUGCAGCUGAAGGACAACGCAGAUUUGGAAGGUCUUACUUUGCAUUACUGGGCCCUCUUUGACGGGCACGCUGGAUCAGGGGCGGCAGUGUUCGCCUCCAAAGUGUUACAGCAGAAGAUAACGGAGCAGUUGCAGGACGUUCUGGAUGUCCUUAAAAACACGGCUGUGCGUCCUCCCGCCUGCCACGGGGAGGACCCUGACACCACCACCCCGAACUCAAGGACUCUGACGAGGGCCGCCUCCCUGCGAGGAGCAGCUGGGGCUCCUGGUUCCCCCAGCACACCUCCAACCCGCUUCUUCACUGAGAAGAAAAUCCAGCACGAGAGUCUUGUGGUUGGGGCAAUCGAAAAUGCUUUUAAAGAAAUGGAUGCCCAGAUUGAACAUGAAAAAAGCAUAUACUAUAUCUCUGGGGGCUGCACUGCGCUGGCUGUGGUCUUCCUACUGGGGAAACUUUACGUAGGAAAUGCUGGUGACAGCAGGGCUAUUAUCAUUCGAAAUGGAGAAAUAAUCCCAAUGUCAUCAGAGUUUACCCCUGAGAGUGAAAGACAAAGGCUCCAGUUUUUGGCAUAUAUGCAACCUCACUUGUUAGGGAACGAGUUCACGCAUUUAGAGUUCCCCAGAAGAGUCCAGAGGAAGGAGCUUGGGAAGAGGAUGCUCUACAGGGCUUUCAACAUGACAGGCUGGGCAUAUAAAACCAUAGAGGAAGAUGACCUGAAGUUUCCUUUAAUUUAUGGGGAGGGCAAGAAGGCACGUGUCAUGGCCACUAUUGGUGUUACCAGAGGACUAGGGGACCAUGAUCUGAAGGUUCAUGACUCUAACAUCUACAUCAAACCUUUCCUCUCCUGCUACCCCGAGGUCAAAGUGUACAACCUUAAACAGCAUGAGCAUGGAGCAAAUGAUGUGCUGGUAUUAGCCACAGAUGGGCUAUGGGACGUGUUGUCAAAUGAAGAAGUGUCAGAAGCUGUUACAAAUUUUCUGGCAAACUGUGACCCUGAUGAUCAACACAGGUACACUCUGGCAGCUCAGGAUCUCAUCAUGAGGGCUCGAGGAGUUCUGAAAGACCGAGGCUGGAGAAUCUCCAAUGACAGGCUUGGUUCAGGGGACGACAUCUCUGUCUACAUCAUUCCCUUACUAUAUGGGAACAAACAUCCCUAGCUAUCGCCCAGUUUAAAAGGAGGCUCACUCAGGUUAACUGAGAAAUGUUACCCUCUCGAUGUCACCUCAGCUUCCUUACCUUUCCCCUCUCGUACGCAUCACUUUGAAGGGGCUCUUGCUAACUAAACAUGAGGAAUCCUCCUUUUGUAGGCUACGCAAUGACUUAAAUGGUUGUAUGUUAAGCUUCUCAACCUGAGAGCAAUCCCAGGAUUCCCCAGCUACCUUCUGAAAUUCUGGAUCACUUUAAUAAGCCAUAAGAAGCUGAUCCAGCAUUUUUAGAUCCCCAGUUACUGAUAAGGUAGCUUUUUGGUUGCCCACUAGCUUUGCACAGUUCUCUGAUUUUAAUUUUUCGAUUUUGUAAGUUUACUUGUCAUGGAAGGGAUGUUGCAAUAAUUGUAGUAAGCCUGACCCCAAAGUUUGGAUGACACAAAUUGUGAGCCAUGUGCAAAGAGUUUUUUUUUUUUUUCUCUUUUUUUGGUGGGGGUGUUAGAGGGGACAGUGAGGAGAAAAAUUAUUAUUUUUUAUUUUUUAUGUAUUUAAAUAUGUUUCAGAGAAAUUAUUUAUUCAACCUUAAUGCUUGAUCUUUCCUUAGUGAAUUACUGUAUAAACUAUAUUGUAUAAAUAGAAAUCACAGAUGUAUAUUAUUGAAAAUGCUCAUCUGUUUAAAUAUAUUUAAAGUGUCAGGUAUUUUAUUAUGUGUUGAACCAGUUAUGUUCUAAUGAUCUAAUUCAGAUCGUGAAUGGCAUCUCAAGCUUGUAUAAACACUAUAAAGCAAACUUAAAUAAUAAAGUAUAAUUUGGCUUUCUUUGUAGGAUUCCGUGCACCCAGGUCAUAAUGUGUGGUACUAGUGGGAGAAAUGCCUAGAAAUACUGAUGAAGCAAAUAGAAAAUAUUUUUGUUCCCUUAAAUCUAAUUUCCUCAGGAGACAUGAGUAGGAACUUUUCAUGCUUUGUUUUGAUAUGGUCACUUUUUAUUUACAAAUCCUCUUUUAAGUUGUUUUACCAUUGUUCUGAGAAAAUUGUUAGAAACAGGUCUGUUUUUACACUGUUAAUGUGAGUGAAUGCUAUUGAUGUGGAAGGGCAGUACAUUGUGGCACUUUUGCUAAAUGGUUCUGGAAAAGUAAAAGGCACAAUAGUGGAUAGCUGAGGAAUCUAAAUAUCAUGGUUUGUUUUCAGAUCUGCAAACAUUUUGAUAAAACGAUUGCUGUAAAAUACAGCGUUAGUCUUUGUCCAAGCAUUAGGCUAACAUUGUUAUUGAUGCGAUGCACAAAUAGCACUCAGACCUAACUUAAUUCAUUGGUUUGCAAUGUAACCUAAAGACAUACAUUUCCCUAGUGAAAUAUCGGGGCAUUAAAAGUAAACUAUGCACAGCAUAGGAAACACUGGGGAAUUUAAGAAGAUGCCAUUGAAUAUGUUUUUAUUAAACACUGUAUUAUAAAACACAGGUAUAUAUUUAAAAGCAACGUGCAAUAAUGUUAUUUAAAUGGAUGUUAUCAAACCAGUGCAAGCUGUAUUCGUACAUUUAACUAAUUACAGAUCAUUUUUGGGUGCAUUCCUUGAUGUCUAUAUACAGUUAAGCUAUCUAUGUGUG